AUGACGAAAAGAGGUGAAACCCUGAUGAUGUUUGUAAAUGUUCGAGAUCCGCAAGUACCAUCAAAAAAGGACAGAUCUUAUACUGAGAAGAUAACGGAACUUUGGCGCUCAAUGCUUCGCAAUAAUCACGUCCAAUGUCAGAUGCCACAACCUAUGCAGUGGUCACUGCCUGAACAUUACAAACGAGAGUGCAAGAACCUUGAAGAAGUUGUCACAAGGAUACUUGGUCCAAAGCUUGAAAAGAACAUUUUGGCUCAAUUGAUGCCGAAGCACACAAGCACACCAACUUACUACCAAUUAGUCAAGACCCAUAAGUUGGUUCGUCCAUCAAAACGAGAAACUGAAUGUCGUUUAUCACAUGAUCUCGACAUCAUGUAA